CCCCUCCCAACCCCCCAGGUAUAAGGACUACAGAGAGCCUCCAUGGUCAGCUGAAGCCUACCAGUUCUCUAAAACCUACUGGGCCGUCCUUGCUGCCAGACUGGCCUUCGUCAUCCUGUUCCAGAACCUGGUGAUGUUCCUGAGCCUGCUGGUUGCCUGGGUGAUCCCAGACGUACCGAAGGACAUCAGUGAGCAGCUGAAGAGAGAGAAGACUCUGCUGGUGGACGUGUUUCUCCGGGAGGAGAAGGAGAAGUUCCACCUCCUCCAGAGCCUCUUCUCCUCCAAGGACCAGCCCAGCCAGGGUCACCCCAACACGGCCCACUUCCGUACUCUACCCCUAGGCCUCUCUCAGGGCCUAGGCCAGCCCCCGGGCGGAGAGGGAGGGGAAUCCCGGGUGAGAUGCAGGGCUGCCAGUUUCAGCCAGUUCACCAGACAGAUGUCCAUGUCUCCUAGCAACGAUGCAGCCCGACACACAGCGGUCUGACACGCCACUGUAGCGGUUGGAUACAAACGUUCUUUAUCCCCACAGGAGAAGUUCAGACACCAGUGUGGUAGCUACAUGGAGUCUGAAUGCUCCUCUGAGAUCUCUCACCCAUGUAGACUUGGUGUUCUCUUUCUGAAGCAGUGUGAUGAUGGAACAUACUGAUCAUGGACUUGUUCUUCUGGCCGGAUAAUCUACGUAUUCUUGACCAUUGUAUGUUAAUCUGCAUGAUGAGAAGUGACUGUAUAGUUCACCUUAAGGAAAAACACCUUCAGCCUGACGGUCUUCUCUGAGAGAGCUUCCCAUGUCUGGAACACACAUGGAGCUGCUGUUUACCGUCACCAAUAACCUAAAGACAUGGCUAACGGACAGUCUGGUGUGUCAACACCAUCCCCCAGCUGUGUAGACCUGCUUUCCAUGCUGUCUGCUAUACAGUCAGGUGUGUCAACACCAUCCCCCAGCUGUGUAGACCUGCGUUCCAUGCUGUCUGCUAUACAGUCAGGUGUGUCAACACCAUCCCCCAGCUGUGUAGACCUGCGUUCCAUGCUGUCUGCUAUACAGUCAGGUGUGUCAACACCAUCCCCCAGCUGUGUAGACAUGCGUUCCAUGCUGUCUGCUAUACAGUCAGGUGUGUCAACACCAUCCCCCAGCUGUGUAGACCUGCGUUCCAUGCUGUCUGCUAUACAGUCAGGUGUGUCAACACCAUCCCCCAGCUGUGUAGACCUGCGUUCCAUGCUGUCUGCUAUACAGUCAGGUGUGUCAACACCAUCCCCCAGCUGUGUAGACCUGCGUUCCAUGCUGUCUGCUAUACAGUCAGGUGUGUCAACACCAUCCCCCAGCUGUGUAGACCUGCGUUCCAUGCUGUCUGCUAUACAGUCAGGUGUGUCAACACCAUCCCCCAGCUGUGUAGACCUGCGUUCCAUGCUGUCUGCUAUACAGUCUUGGCUCUUUUUCUGUCAUGCUGUUUGUUUGCUUUUUGUGUUGUUGCUUUCUGUCUGUCUGUGU